AUGCUUCUUUCAUCGAAUUCGUCCAGCAAGUCGGCCCACGAUGAGGGCGACUUGGCUGAGGACAUUGAUGAGCCUCCCGAUCACCGCAUGCACGCCACCCCGAUGAAUCCCGAACAGAUUGUCCUUCCCCGGCCAGCAGUGGACCGCACGGAAUCUUUGCUCACGCGCGCGUUGAAGAGCAGCCCCGAGAUGUCCCCCACCGACCCCCAUACCUCCCACUACGACUCCUACAUGUACCGAUCCUACCCUCACAGCAACAUCAGUGGCAUUUCAACAGCCGAGCUCACCAGUGACGGUGGUCUCACUAGCCCGUCACUGUCCAACACGCCCAGCCCGCCUUUACCCCCGCAAAUGAUGAGCAACGCUGCAAUGAUGGGCAAGAAAGGUCCGACGCCUAAGGUGAACUUCGCUACUCCCAGUGAGACUACCGUUGAAGCCGGUCUUGGCCGCAAGCGAUGCAUCAGCUUCGCUUGUGGUCGCAAGACCGACGAGAAGCAACCGAUGUCUCCCGUCUCGCCCUCUUCAUCGCAAGAACUCCCGACACCCAAGGCCCAGGCAUCGACACAGCCUCAGGAGGAAACCCCGGCCCAACCGCCCAAGCGCAAAUCUGCCCUGACUUUCGUGUGCCCGGGACGGGAGACGGACUGCCAGAGAGAGCGAUCUCCAGGACGCAAGCCUUCCCUUCGCCCACGGUGUCGUGGCUCUCCUGCGCCUGUUGUCCGCAGAGCGUCCCCCAUCUCAAAGGAAACUCCCAAAGAAACCGCCAAGGAGGUGUCUGCGGCCGCUUUCACGGAACCCAAGGGUGUACCAACUCGUGGACUUGGCAAGUUUGAGGAAUCCGAAGCCACUCGGUUCCAUGAGUUUGCUAGCUCGAUGGACGAGGACGACGAGUGGGUUAAUAAGGAGACCGACUAUUCGCAAAAGAUCACUUUGAACGACUGUAUGAAGAAGGAGAUGGCCAUCCGACGGCUCGGUGAACAGGCAGAGGCGGAGGCACUGGAAGAGGAAGACGACAUGGAUGACCUCCCCGACGAUGACUCCACUGUCCACGACUUCUCUUCCGAUGACGGCAAUGAGUCGGACAACGAGGCCGGCUUUGCAGAAUCUGAUGACAGUGACGAUGAUGGCUCGGACGGCGAGUUUUGGGGCUCAUCAAACACUGUCUUGGAACCUACCAGUCAGCCUUUGGAAGCACGCCCCACCUUGAUGGAACGCCGCGCCUCCAAUACAUCCAUUGAUUCCAUGACAGACGACCACUCCUGGCUCCCAGCUCCCGUGCAAAAGCUCAGUACCCGUCGCACUUCGAAGGUUUCCAAAAGCAUCAAGAUCCGCCCAAGGACCCCGAACCUUCCCGAUAGCACCGACUUUGUUUGUGGAACGCUCGACGAGGACCGCCCCCUCGAAGUUGCUUACAAGUCCUGCCUCGAACAGCGACGUCGCGCAAGGGAGGUUCUUAUCCCGCAAGAUAUCGACCCCAGCUUCCCCACCAGCGAUCCCGAAGACAACGAAGACCUCGAACCAUCCGAGCAUGAGCUUCACGAUAUGUCCUCUGGCGCAAGUUACCGUGAUGAAAGCACUCGGGGACGUACCGAGGGUGUCUCUCGCAAGCAAUCCCCUCGCCACUCCCCCAGGCGUCUGAUGUCUCCUCCACCUCCCCGUGCCGGUCGUACCUCGCCUAAGCGGCUCAAGUCUCCGCCCCCACGCAUGAGAGCCAGGUCGCCUAUCCCGACCAAGUGGGAAUUCACCACGGACAUGCAUAUUGUCGAAUCUCCCGAAGGUCUCAACAUCAGCCAUCUGGUUCAGCGCCGGCCUCUUAUCCGCACCAAGUCACUGCCCCGUGACCCUAACCCUUUCUUUACUGGUCUCGACAAAGACCACCGCUGGCACGGCGUCUCACCAGCCACUGAGGCGCCAGAGCGCGAUCACUCUCGUACCCGUGAACUACACACUCGUGGUCCCGUCGACAUCGUCGAGGGACUCGAGAAAAAGCGCCAGAAACGCAAAGAGAAGUUCUGGCGCCAACACUGCCGCAAAGCUGCCAAAGAGCAGAUGGGCAAACGGCCUAUUCCCGGCCAUGGAGCCGAACGGAUGAAGGAGCUUGGCCUCGAAGUUGCUGAGAGGUGCAGAGCAUAUGGCGUCGGUCAAGACGUCCAGCUCGUCCUAUCCGUUUAG